AUGCCCCCCGCCGCCGUUCGCCAUUCGCCGCCCUUGCUCGCCAUUCCCGCCGCCGCUCGCCACCCGCCAUCCCCCGCGAACGACACCAUUCCCCAUCCCCGCCGCCGCCGUUCGCCACUCGCCGCCCCCGCUCGCCAUUCCCCGCCUCCGUCGCUCGCCACUUCCCAUCCCCCGCCUCCGCCGCUCGCCACUCCCCCGCCGCCCCCGCUCGCCAUUCCCCUCAUCCGUCGCUCGCCACUCGCCAUCAUCCCCGCCGCCUUCUGCCCCAUAGAUGUGAGAUGCAGGGGCCGCCAGUGUGUUGAGGCCGUCGUUGCUGGCUUUGCAGUCGACGUUGAGGACCAUGCAGUAGUCCACCCCCAUCUUCCUGGUCGCCGGUACCAGCACGGGUACGGCAGGCGUCUGCACUGCGACGCCGUCAAGGCCGGCGGCGCGGACGGCUUCGUGAUGAACAGCUUGGUUGACAUGUACGUGAAAGCCGGGGACUUGGAGUGCACCCGCAAAAUGUUUGAGAGAAUUCCUGACCGGAAUGUGGUGUCCUGGACCUCGAUGCUAAGCGGGUGCGUCCAGAAUGGUUUUGCUGCACAUGGACUGUUUCUGUUCAAUGAGAUGAGGCGCGAAACCUUGUUGGAUAUGUAUGUUAAGUGCGGGGAGGUAGAGGAUGCUCGGCGCACGUUUGAUGAGCUCAGCUAUCUUGACAUUGUUCUUUGGACCACGAUGAUUGUGGGGUACGCGCAGAAUGGGAACCCUCUUGAUGCAUUACAGUUGUUUCUUGACAAGAAAUUUGCAAGCAUUGUUCCAAAUUCAGUUACCAUGGCAACUGUUCUUUCAGCUUCUUCUCAGUUACGUGACUUGUCUCUGGGAAGGUCGAUUCAUGGGAUAGCUGUCAGGUUAGGUGUGGUUGAUUAUGAUGUGGUGGUGAAUGCAUUAGUUGACAUGUAUGCAAAGUGUCAAGCAGUGUUAGAGGCCAACAGGAUAUUUGGAAGAAUUUUGAACAAGGAUGUUGUCACGUGGAAUUCGAUGAUUGCAGGCUAUGCUGAGAAUAGUAUGGGCGAUGAUGCUCUGAUGGUAUUUAAACAGAUGAGGCUGCAGGGUGCUUCACCUGAUGCCACCUCUGUGGUGAAUGCUCUGUCAGCUUCUGUUUGUCUGGGUGACCUACUUAUGGGUAAAUCAUUCCAUAGAUGCCAAUGCAAGCAGAUGUUAGUGUUUGGGGAGCUUUUCUCCAUGGAUGUGGGCUCCAUUCAAGGUUACAGUUUGGAGAAGAAGCUUUCAAGAGAAUGA